CCAGCACGGCCAACUGACCAGUAGAACUGAGCCUAAAAUGAGGACCAUGCCCAGAGUCCUGCUGUUGCUGUUCGGUAUGUCCAUCGUGACGAUGAUGUUCAUCGCCAGGUGCGGCCUCAACAUGGACAGCCACGGCGGCUCACACGGAGCCAUGCCCGUCUCCUCGGGCGGCUCACCCGGCGAGAAGGCGCUCAGAGAGGUCAUGCGCCGUAAGGAAGUUGAGCACAUCCGGGACAAGACACAUCUUCAGGAGCAGAUCAAGACGUUGGAGGGUCAGCUCGCUAAGGUCCAGGGGCAGGUGAAAAACUUGACCGCCAACCUGCAGUCCGUCUACCGUCAGUCUAACGGCAACCUAAGAGACGGGGACAACCCACGGAGCCCUGGGGAGCCCCACCUUCGCUACCCUAGUGACGGCCUCAACCCCAUCCCGGCCAACCGAGCCCACGGCCGGCCGGACGGCGAACACUAUCCGGCAGGGUUCAGGCCGGCCUACAACCCCGGCGCGUUCUACCACGGCCAAGAUUUUCCCAAGAACGGCCGGAACUCGGCGGAGGACUUGAUCAACCAACGCAACAUGGCGAUAGACAUGAACGCCGUGGACCGCCACGCGCUGGGCAUUGACGACAUGGGGCAUCAGGCAGACGAUGGUGCCCCCAGGGCAGCUCGAAGUGCCCCGGGGGAGAGCUCGGAGCUUCAACACAUCAACGUCCUAAAAACUAAAUUCAACGAGUCUUUAGACUUCGAGAAGUAUUUCCAGGAGCGUCUGAAGAACGCCGAGGUGUUAAAAGGCCAGUCGUAUAAAACGGAAUACGAGCUGAUUUCCUUCAACCGGUUCAUUUACAACAGGAUUUACCUUGUGGAGCCGGGGCUGGGGAAGCGGGUGGUCGAGAAGCCGAUCGGGUCCAAGAAAAAAGAUUUGAACGAGAUCAUGUUCCACGCGGUGGAGACGCUCAACAAAAACCGCAAGGACAGCGGUCAGUACAAGGACACCGGCCAGUACAACUACGACGAUUUUGUCGAGGGGGUGUACCGCACUGACCCCGCGUUCGGCUCGCAGUACGAGCUGUACUUCGUCAACAAGGACGACCCUAAGCGGCAUAACUCCUAUCUGAAACUGUCGGUUGCCCGCCCCUUCGCCCCGCCGGUCACGGUGCAGCAGACGGUGGUGAGCACGGGGCCGGAGUGGAUCAACAUCAUCCUCCCCCUGUCCAAACGCGUGGACACGUUCCGUCUCUUCAUGGACCAGUUUGUCCGCGUCUGCAUCAAAAGCGACAAACGAAUCUACCUGACGGUCGUGUACUUUGGACCGGAAGGACUUCCAGAUGUGAAAGGCAUCAUGGGACAGGUAGCCAAAACUCACAAGUUCAAGUUCAUGAAACUCGUGACCCUCAACGAAACUUUUGCCCGCGGCCGUGGGCUACAAAUUGGCGCGCUAAACUGGAAAGGCGGAAGUGACGUUUUGAUGUUUUUCUGUGACGUGGACAUCGUGUUUUCAGGCGAGUUCCUGGAGCGGUGCCGCUUGAACUCAGAACGAGGCCAGCGCGUGUACUACCCUAUCGUGUUUAGCCUGUACAACCCGAAGAUCGUCUACUCUCUACAGGACGUGCCCCUCCCGUCCUUCCAGGACCAGCUCGUCCUCUCGAAGGACACGGGAUUUUGGCGAGACUUCGGUUACGGCAUGACCUGCCAGUAUCGAUCAGAUUUUCUGAAGAUCAAAGGCUUCGAUGAGCAGAUCACGGGGUGGGGCGGGGGAGGACGUGUUCCUUUACCAGAAGUUUGUCAGGAGCGACUACUUCGUGGUGCGGGCCACGGACCCCUCCAUCUUCCACCUCUGGCACGAGAAGUUCUGCGACCCCACCCUCAGCACGGAGCAGUACCGCAGCUGCAUCCGGUCCAAGGCGCUGAACGAGGCGUCGCACGCGCAGCUGGGGCUGCUCGCCUUCAAGGACGAGAUCGACGUGCACCGGGGGGUCAGCGAGAGGAACAGCAUCCUCCAGAAGAACCCCCCGGAGGAGACGAGGGACGGGGAGCAGGGGGAUAAGGGA